AUGCUUCCCGCUGUUCUUAUGAACACCCAUGGCUUCUACGACUGGAUCACCGGCCGGUUGGCUGCCGCCGGUGGGACGAUCCGCUUCAAGGGGCCGAUAUUUUAUCGCGCCAACGUUGUGAUGACGUGCGACCCGAGGAACAUGGAGCACAUACUCAGGACCAACUUCGAGAACUUCCCCAAGGGCGAAGAUUUCCAGGAUAUAUUUCACGAUCUCUUCGGCGACGGGCUGGCCAACGCCGACGCUGAGUCAUGGAGUUUCCAAAGGAAGCUCGCUCACAACAAGAUCCACUCCAAGGAUUUCCGGCAGUUCUCGCUGAAGAACACAAGGGACAUAGUCAAGACCCAGCUCGUGCCCCUGCUCAGGCAGUGGGCUCGCCAGAGCUCGGUCCUGGACAUGCAGGACGUGUUCUCAAGGUUCACAUACGACAAUGCAUGCGUAGCGGCCUUUGGCGACAACCCCAGAUGUCUAUCUCCCAGCUUUCCCAGGUUGCCGGCAUCGGAAGCCAUUGCCAUCAUAAUGGACGCAAUCUUUUACAGGCACAUAGUUCCCAGUUUCGUGUGGCAUCUUUUCCGACGGUUGCAGGUCGGAAAAGAAACGAGAGUGAACCAUGCAAAGGAGGUGAUGAAGGAAUUGUUGACACAGAAAGUUGGGGAGAAGAAGAAAUCUCCCGGCAGUGACGACCUACUGUCCAAGUACGUUGCCGUCUCCAGCGAUGACAUCUUUUUGGAGGACUCCACUGCCAACUUCCUGCUGGCUGCUAGAGACACCUCAGCCUCUGCACUCACUUGGUUCUUCUGGCUACUUUCUCGGCAUCCCCAUGCGGAAGCGAAGAUCUUGGAGGAGUUGCACUCGAUUAUAACUAAGACGAAAGAAGCUGCAGCCAACGCAACACCAUUAUCUUCAUUACCGGAUUUCGACUUCGGCGCCGAGGAGUUGCAGAAGAUGGUGUAUCUCCACGCCGCGCUGUGUGAGACAUUGAGGCUCUAUCCUUCUGUGCCAAUCAACAACAGAAGUGUGCUGGCAGAGGAUAAGCUGCCUGACGGCACCGUGCUGAAACCAGGGACGAAGGUCUUCUUCGUCCCGUAUGCAGCGGGGAGGAUGAAGUGGGCAUGGGGAGAGGAUUGCCUAGAGUUCAAGCCGGAGAGGUGGAUCGACGGGGAGGGAAGGCUGAAGCAUGAAACUGAUGGGUCGAGGUUUGCUGCCUUUAAUGGUGGACCGAGAACCUGUGUAGGGAAGGACAUGGCAUUCCUUCAGAUGAAGUACGCAGCAGCGGAGGUGCUCCUGAAUUUCGAGGUGACGGUCGUGGAGGGCCAUCGGGUUACUCCUAAGGCAAGCGUCGUCAUGUCCAUGAAGCAAGGUUUACCAGUUAUGGUGAAGGAAAGGCUUUCUGUCAACAACGACGACAUGGCAACUAGGCUUCCCUGAAUAACCAACCAACACCUGCAUGUCUCUUUAAUAAAAGGAAAGGCUAUCUAUCUUCCACAAAAAAUAAAUCAUCCCUGCUUGUAUA